UUCAUUUUUGCGACCAGGAGAAUGUUUACAACAGAUAUUACGCAGACGGACAUGCUUAAAUCGAUUUAGAGUGCGAUCCUGAUCAGGAAUAUCUAUACUCUGUGGGGUUUCUGAUACUUCCGUCUGGCCGCUGUAAACGUUUCGACAAAAUGAAUCAUACCUAUCGUUCUUCGGUGAUGAGUAUAAUGACAUAAGGCUUCCUCAUCUAGCUGUAUUUCACGAACAAAUUUUAAAAAAGAAAAAAUGGAAACUUCUACAAUGAUAUAAAACACCUGAAAGCUAAAAACUUAAAAAUUUAUGAAAUUAUUGCUUUACUUCUUCCCUUUCAUAUCACUAAUGUACAUAUUUCCGUCAAAAGUCGACAAAUUUUCUACAAAACAGAAGCAAUUGAAAUGUCUUGCGUUUGUCAAUAUUUUGGUAACAACGCAACUCGAGCAAUUCCUCCCUCCAAUUGUAUAGACAAUGGUGUCGAUAAAAAAAAAGUGGACGAAUAUGAUGAUCCGCAAAUAAAUGGGUGUUCGUCGACAAAAAGCGAAGUAUCAGCCACCGAAUUAGCAGCUGCUCGUGCCGAAAUAUGGGUGCUAUCGAAGAAUUUGACAGACGCUCAAAUAUCUAUAGAAAAUCUUGAAAGCCUUCUAAAAUACAUAAUUGAUAAGCAGGGUGCAUUGUUAAGCGAGCUUUAUGCAUUAAAACGUAUUAAUUCUGAGCUGCAAACGGAAUGUAGUACGCAACGCGAUUAUCAUACAAUCGAGAGAAAUGCAAUAACUACCGAAUUGCAUAAUAUCAAAAAGCUACUCAGCAGCCGUACUAUUCUUCUGGUUUGAUUGUCGCACGCCCAAUAAGCUUUUACAUUUUCUUUUUUUCCACAGGAAGAAGCACUAAAAAAAAAUGCUGAGCUAACAAACGCAGUUCAAGAUGCAAACGAAAAAAUUUACGUAAUUGGUAUGAAAUUUCUGAAAUUAAAGUCAACUCGAUCUCGACAAUGCUCUGAACGCUCAGGUUCAAUUCAUUCUUCGGAACCAGUACAAUAACCCACGGAACACACACCACUUCUGCGCUUCUAUAUAUAUUUAUAAACGUUUUUAACUCUCAUUAUAUUAAAAACAGGACUAAACUCCUACUUUUAAAUACUACACUAUUUAGGAUGAAUUAUAAAAUUUUAAAAGACCAAGGAUGGUAAGUGGGUGUUUUAUAUCGAAAAACAUGUCAAAUUUAAAUAUUAAAGCUUUCGCACACUUCUACUUUUUCUACACACAUAGAAAAUUUUGUAUCAAGCGUUCGUCCUUAUAUACCAACACUGCAGACAACUGAAUACAAGUCCUUGGUGUCGCGUGCGGCCAAAAUCAUAUUUUUAUAUAUUA